GGCUCGAGCGUUUACGUCACAGCAGCACGGGAUCGUGCGAGAUUUGCCAUUGCGGAAGCACGUCUGCAUCACGGGACAUUUAAACUUAACGGCACAAUUCAACUACGAGUGCCAAAGAUGGAAAAAUGUAGGGAAAACUUGCCAGUUCGAAACAGAGACAAACUUGUUACCACGGCGAAGGACAGAUAUGUGAGCAAUUUUAAGGAUGUGAACAAUGUUGACCCUCACGAGCAAGCCGAACACAAAUGGAAUAAAGAUGUCGACAAGCUUCCACCACUACGCGAAAUGGACAUCAUGCUGUAUUUAGUGUUUGGUAUAUGUUACUACACUCAUCAGCAAUUCCGAAACUACAAAUCGCUACAAUGCUACGAACAGUUUUGCUGCGGAUGGGUGCAGGAUCUUCACUUUAUGACCAUAGCAAACAGCAACACCAUCUUUCUAGCAAAGGUUGGAAUACUGGACAGUCUCCUCAUUGUGUCAGAUGACCUCUCCACACUCGACACACUGACUGAAAGUGUGAUGAACAAAACAUGUCAGUGUAUAAGAGAGAUGGUGGAGCAAGCCUGUGACAGCGUAAUGGAAAAUGUGUCAGCCAAUGGAGCCAAGGGCAUAAAGCAGAGAGAUCUUCAGUAUCCAGCCAGCAUAAAGUCUCUAAGAGUGGACAUGAUUAACUAUGUGACAAGCUUCCACUGGGACAAGGCCAAGUAUCCCACAUCUCUACCUCUCUCCAGCCUGGUAAACAUCAUCAAAAAGGAGGUUUCUCAGGUGGAGGUGGAAUUAAAAUCGCGAGUUGCAGCGUACAGCAGUGUGAAAGCAAACUUAUUGCGCCUUGAAAACAAAUUAGAAGGGAGUUUGCUAACAUGCAGCCUGAAUGGCAUGGUGAGGAGAGAUGACUUGGUGGUCUCAGAAUACCUCACUACCCUGCUGGUUGUGGUGAGCAGGAAGAACUAUGGUAAUUGGGAGAAGAAGUAUGAAUCUUUAACGAACUUUGUCGUUCCACGGUCAAGCAGAAAACUAUAUGAGGAUGGAGAAGGUGGCAUUUUCACAGUAACACUUUUCAAAAGAGCCGUGCAUGAAUUCAAAGGCAAAGCUCAGGAAAGCAAUGUAGUCUACAACUUACAUAGGUUCACUGUCCGUGAGUACUGCUUUGAACUGGAAGAGAAACGGCAACAAGCGCGGAAGGAGCUCAGUGUUCACAGGAAAGAGCACUAUGAAAUGUUUGCGCGUUGGCUGAAGGUGAAUUAUAGCCAAGUGUUUAUGGCCUGGAUCCACUUGAAAGCAUUGAGGGUGUUUGUGGAGUCAGUACUCCGGUAUGGCUUACCAGUCAACUAUCAGGCCCUGCUUCUUCAUUCAGACAGAAAGUGUUCAGAGAAAUUGAGACAAGAACUUGCUUCAUUGUUCAUGCAUCUUGACCCAAUGGCUACUGUUAGCAAGACAGACGUAAGACACAUAAUUAUGCACCAUUGUUUUCUAAAACAUAUGCAAUGCAAUGAAAGCAACAUUACAUUUCACCUCACAGUUCUGAGGUCAGGCAUUCCAAUCCAGGCUCCCACCUUCCUAUGUGGCAUAUACAUUAACCUCUUGAUACCUGAAAUAUACGGAUAUAUAUUGUAUAUAUACCUUUUAACCUCUUUUCAUGAUUGCAUUAUAUAUUUGCAAAUAUAUAAAUACAAAAAUGUUUUACUCAAUUACUUUUAUUUAUCAUAAUAUUUUAAUUCAUUUUUAAAUAAUUCCUUUUUAAAUUUUAUUUUAUGAUUUUCAAAUUUUUAGGUUUAUUUUUUAAUUGAAUUUUCUUUCUCUGUUUUUUUCCCCCUGAAUCAAUAGUAUUUUUAAGUACCUAUUCAUUCUUCCAAUGCUCUAUAUAUUUGCUGCCACAUCCCACUUGAAAUGGAUUAGACAUCUACUAUAAUGACAACUUUGACAAACGUAUUUCUAUUCACGGCAGAAGGAUGACUCGAUGUCACAUGAUUGGAUGUCUAGCGUUGUUGAUGGCACUGAAAGAGUUAAAUGUUAAUUCAGGCAUCAAGGGGUUAAUGCUCUCCCUGCUUUUCUAGGUUUUCUACAAGUACCCACACUGUAUUUAUCCAUUUGUUUGUUUAUUUCUUUGAACAUUACAUUAGGAUUAAUCAUUUACAUUAAUACUGCUUUGUAUUGAGUGUUUUAUUGUAAUUUUUGGGUCAGGUGGUGUUUGGGUGAGGGACAAAGUUGUCAUCCAUUUGCUUGCGUGCAACCCUUUUGCUUGCUGAAAAGUUAAAUGUACAGUACUUUUACAGGGUCAAAAUUACAAAAUUAAAGAAGUCACGAACACAUCAUGUCAAAUACAAAACUACUUUCUCUGAAAAAACUUUGAUCUGAAAGAAUAGUGAGAAUUUAUAAACAUUUCGUAAUACCGGUACUAGUUUUUUGGAUGAAAGCAUACAUAUGUCACCCUUGUAUUUCUCUCAGGUAACCUGUGACAUUCCAGGACUCUGCCAACAGGAAUGUUUCUCCUACAUAUGCUUUAAUAUCAACAGCAACUUGCAGGACUUCAGCUAGUACUCCACCAUCAGAAGAACCAAACAUGGACAAUCUGUCAUGUCCAGCCAGGUUCCAUAUCAAUGAAUUAAGUACAUUAAUACAUUUUGCAACAAUAAAAACACCAACUAUGAUCUA